AAAUAAUAAAUUAGCUAUUUGGAUAUGUAAAAUCAUUUAUCUUCAAGUGUUGCAAUGGAGUGGACGUGGAUAACUUUCACACUUUUAAGUUUCACAAUUUUCAAUUGUCACUGCAAUUCGGGGCAAAGUGAACUCCAAAGAAGUUUGAUGGACGAACUUCAAGAGUUUGAUAACCUGACGUGGCAGUACAUUGAGGAAUAUGAACACGAUCUUAGCACCCUGAAAGUGGCUAAUAUCCUGCAAGAAUUAAUUGAUCGCAAUAUUACUGGCCAUUUGCCAUAUUUACGUUCCUGUCCCGAUCGCCAAGGCAUCUUUAAGAUCAAAGUUAAUGCAUUGGAGCCGUUUUCGGUGCUGUGUGAUGCAAAAAUAGCUGGCCCAGGUUGGAUUGUAAUUUUGAAACGUUUCGAUGGCUCAAUAAAUUUCUUUCGCAAUUGGAAGCAUUACCAAGAAGGAUUUGGAGAUUUAUCAAGUGAGUUCUUCAUAGGAUUAGAGAAGUUGCAUGCUAUUACCUAUGCGAAAAAUCACGAGCUUUAUGUACACCUCGAAGACUUUGAUGGCAACACACGAUAUGCUCGCUAUGACCAAUUUGUAAUAGGAAACGAAAAUUAUAAAUUGGAAAUGCUGGGGAAAUACACAGGAGAUGCAGGUGAUGGAUUGCGUAAUAAUCAGAAUAUGAGGUUUUAUACAUUCGAUAAAGACAAUCAAAACCAAUGUGCUCAAAAUCGAAUAAAUGCCGGAUGGUUUGACAUCUGUACCGUGAAGCAAAAUCUUUUUGGAAUCUAUUUAGAAGGAUAUUUUAAACAAGUUUUUAAAUUUAAAGGCAUUCGAUGGGAUACUUGGCAUGGUGAAGACUACUCUCUUAAGUCAGUGCAGAUGAUGAUAAGACCCAAGUGCGCCUGCUCCUGA